AUGAUCGUGUCCAACGUGAGCCUGAGCGGCUGCGCGGAUUUCAACAGCGCUCUGUGUGCCGGAGCCGGGGAAGGGCACCUGGGGGGCGGAUCAUACCGGACCACUCUCACCCCGACUGGGAACCUGGUAGUGGCUGUGUGCCUGGGCUUUAUCGGCACUUUCGGACUUAUUAACAACCUGCUGGUGCUUGUUCUUUUCUGCCGCUACAAGAUGCUGCGGUCGCCCAUCAACCUGCUCCUGAUGAACAUUUCCAUCAGCGACCUGCUGGUGUGCGUACUGGGGACUCCGUUCAGCUUCGCGGCCAGCACGCAAGGAAGGUGGCUCAUAGGGGAACGAGGCUGCGUGUGGUACGGCUUCGCCAACUCGCUCUGUGGCAUUGUGUCCCUCAUCUCCCUGGCUGUCCUCUCCUAUGAGCGCUACAGCACCAUGAUGGCUCCCACUGAGGCGGACUCCUCCAACUACCGUAAAAUCUCCCUUGGCAUCAUCAUGUCCUGGGCGUACUCACUUAUCUGGACCCUGCCGCCGCUCUUCGGCUGGAGCCACUACGGCCCAGAGGGACCUGGGACCACCUGCUCUGUCGACUGGACAGCCAAGACAGCGAAUAACAUCUCUUACAUCAUCUGUCUGUUUAUAUUCUGCCUCAUCGUGCCCUUCCUGGUGAUUGUGUUCUGCUACGGAAAGCUACUGUCUGCCAUCAGACAGGUGAGCGGGAUCAAUGCGUCGAUGAGCAGGAAACGUGAGCAGCGCGUGCUAUUCAUGGUGGUGAUUAUGGUGAUGUGCUACCUAAUAUGCUGGCUGCCUUAUGGCAUCAUGGCCCUACUGGCCACCUUCGGCCCACCGGGCUUGGUCACACCGGAGGCGAGCAUCAUCCCCUCAGUCCUCGCCAAAACGAGCACGGUCAUCAACCCAGUCAUCUACGUCUUCAUGAAUAAACAGUUUUACAGGUGCUUCCAAGCCCUGCUGCAGUGUGAAGCUCCUCGACGAGGCUCCAGCUUAAAGAGUUCCUCCAAGGUCCCCACCAAGGCCAUGAGGGGAGUAGCAGGAACUGGUCCCCGCCGUACUAACAACUUCCUAUUUAUGGUAGCCUCAUUGGGUCAACCAGCUGCCACAGUCCCCCAACUGGGGCUCUCAUGUGAACCUACUAUCGAUAUCACAAAAGCCCCUUCUUCAGACAAUAAACCUGUUGUAGUCUCACUAGUGGCUCACCGUGAUGGCUGACAAUUGGUUAUAUAAUCAUAAAACCCUAAGGUCCCCAUCCAGGAGAUCAGUGAAA